AUGGCGCCACAAGUUUCCCUCCAAGCCCAAGUCAAUCUCAAGCUCAGCGAGCGAGGCCAGCGUGAGCGCCUCCUCAGCCACCUCGUCGAGCAACUCCACAUUUGCGGUUGGUACGAAGAAGCCCGUCGAGCAGCCUCAGCAGCGGUAUUUGCACAACAAAGCUCCCACGCUGGUGGACAAGCCACCUCUUCCUCCGGAGAACCUGUUUCCGAUUACCACCAGGUUUUACACAAAGUUGAAGAUGAGAUGUGGCGGAAGAUGCCGGUUGAGGUUCAACGGGAGAUGUAUCAGAAAAUUCACGCGGCAUUGGAGCAAGUUUUGAAGAAGUGA